AUGGGUUCAAUUGAUGUUGUAUUAGGUGCUGCGUGGGGAAAGGGAAAGCUGGUCGAUAUCUUGUCUAGUGAGGCGCAGAUCUGCGCUCGAGCUCAAGGCGGUCACAAUGCCGGACACUCCAUCGUUGCCAAUGGCAUCAGCUACGACUUUCACCUUUUGCCUUCCGGCCUGAUGAACCCCAAGUGCCUUAACCUCCUCGGGUCCGGUGUUGUCGUGCACGUUCCCACCUUCUUCUCCGAGCUUGACACCGUCGAGAAGAAGGGCCUCCAGAACGUCCACCAGCGCAUCUUCAUCUCGGACCGCUGCCACAUCGACUUCGAUCUUCACUGCGCCGUCGACCAGGCCGAGGAGCUCGAGCUUGGCUCCAACUCGAUUGGAACGACGAAACGAGGAAUCGGCCCGUGCUACGCUUCCAUGGCCACUCGAAAUGGUGUUACCAUGAGCGAGAUGUUUCGCCCCGACGUCUUCGAGAGCCGCCUGCGAAAACUCGCCGAUGGAUACAAGAAGCGCUUCGGAGACAAGCUUGUCUACGACGUCGAGGACGAGAUUGAGCGGUUCAAGGGCUACCGAGAGAAGCUGGCUAACUAUGUUGUUGAUGCCGUGACUUUCAUAAACGAUGCUCAGCAACGCGAUGCUCGCAUCCUCAUCGAGGGCUCGCAGGCUCUCAUGCUUGACGUGAACUAUGGCACCUAUCCUUAUGUCACUUCCUCGAACACUGUAAAGGCGUACACAACGCGAGUGGGCUCUGGUCCCUUCGCGACAGAGGACCUUGGCCCCGCCGGCAACCAUCUCCAAGAAGUUGGCCGUGAGUGGGGUGUUAGUACCGGCCGACGCCGACGAUGCGGCUGGCUGGACCUUGUUCAGAUCAAGUACUCGCACAUGUUGAACCACUACACCUCCUUAGCCACCUCACAUACUGACACAGGAAACGACAGGAACCUCACGAAGCUCGACGUGCUCGACGAUAUGGAGACGAUCAAGGUUGCUGUCGGCUACAAGGACAAGGAGACCGGAGCCGAACUUCCCAACUUCCCCGCGGAUAUGGACCUCCUCGGACGGGUUGAGGUCGUAUACGAAGAACUGCCCGGCUGGAAGAUGUCCACGUCCAAGAUACAGAAGUUCAGCUACCUUCCCAAGGGAGCACAAGAUUAUAUCACUUUCAUCGAGAAGUUUGUUGGAGUGCGAAUUCGGUGGAUCGGAACUGGCCCGGGCCGUGAGGACAUGAUCGAUCGGGGAAGCGCCUAG